GUCCCGGCUGUUUCAGAAAGGGAGCGAGGUGCCGGAUGAUAAACGGCCGCCGUUGGUGUUGCUGGCGGCUCGAUCCGGACCUGGCCAGGGUGUUUUGGACGAUUCGGCUGGGCCGGCCGAUCCUCUGGCUCCCAGCCUCCAUCUGCUCCAUCCCCGACCGUCAUGUCGCAGGCCCCGAGAACAUCCCGGCUCUCGUUCAAGGGCGAGGAGCCCAAAAAGAAGAAAAAGUCGAAGAAGGAGCGAUCGCAUCCCGAUGGUGAAUCUGCCCGGCCCCUAAAGGACGACGACAUUCCCUCCGAGGGCUGGCUCGCGGUCGAUGCCCUGGACGAUUUUGGUGGGCCCACGAUGAUCUGCACCCCCGAUCCGCUGCUGGUGCUGACGUCGUCCGAGACCAGCGACAAGGCCGUCUUCAAGGCCUACCCGGCCUCGAUCCCGCUGCAGGAACUCGAGCCCGCCGAUGUGGCUCAGGUCCAAGUCGCUGUCAAACUCCCAAACUCGGACCGGUACUCGAUCAAGUCGGCCUUUGAGAAGUAUCUGACUGUCGACAAGUUUGGCGUCGUGACCUUUGGCAGCUCGGCCGUCGGUCCCACGGAAGAGUGGGAGGUGAUCGUCAAGGACGACGGCGUGGCCUUCAAGAGCCGGUUCGAUCGGUAUCUGACUCUGGAUCAAGAGACUCUGGCUCUCCGGGCCGACUCGGAGUCGCUUGGAUUCCGGGAGACCUUCCAAGUGCGCGGGCAAGCUCAGUAUCGCCGUCAGCAUCGCAAGAAGCGCAAGUCCGACGCCGUCGUGGAUGUUGAGCAUCUUGAGAGGGAUCAUCUCAAAAAGUACCAGAGCUGGGGUGGAGGCCGAGUCGCAGCCGGUUCCUCAGGAUCGUCGAGCGAGCUCAAGCACGCCCAGAAGGCCGGCAAUCUGAACGAAGCACUGCUGGAUCGACGUGUGAAGAUCAAGAGCGACAAGUUCUGCAAAUAGGCGGUCGGCGCGGGUGCAGCCAGCAAUUGCUUGAGCAGACCCAUGAGGCAACUGCGAUUCGGAAAUGAACAUGGGGUCUCAAACAUCUUUGGAUGGAGAAGUCGAUGGACGGACGCGCUCCAUGAAUGGUAUUACAUCUCCUGCGAACUAUCACUAUCAAUUUUUUCCGGCCCCCUCGCGGCUGCUCAUCUCGGUCACCUGAAAGUCACGUUGUAUGUG